GGGGAGGAACACGCCCACAUGACAGUUUCUUCAGAGGUCUGACAAAAAGCAGUUGUGCUUUACUUUGAAGUGUCAUUAUGACUCACCUUCACUGACGACCGAAAGCAGGGAUUCCAAGCGCUGGAAACAGCAAGAAAAAAACAUUCCAAAUGAUGGCAGAUCAUGGAGACCCUUGUAGCGGGCAGGAAGCCACCUAUUGUAUGAAUGGAGGGACAUGCUACAAAAUAUCUUCUAUGGAUACACUCUCCUGUGUGUGCGAGGAGGAUUACAAAGGCAGCAGAUGUGAGCAGUUCCAGCUGCAGAGCAAGUUCACCAACGCAGGGGAGGCGGGUUUAAUUGCAGCCGUGUUCAUCAUAUCCCUCCUCAUCUUAGUGGUGCUCGCACUCGUUAUCUACUACGUACGCAGGAUGAUGAAAGCCAAGCAACAGAGCCAACAGAAGAAUCAGCAACAGUAUUGGAAAGUAAAACCCAGAGUAUAAUCUGUAUUUUGGUGAACAUUUUUGUUCUCUUGACCAAUAGACGAAGGACCAGUGCUGCGCCAACUGUAACUUAAAGGUGACAUAUUAUGCAAAAAUCACUUUUUCAGUGAUUAUGCACAUAAAUGUGGGUAUCUGUGCCUGCCAGCCCACAAGCUAUGAAAAAAGACCACCAUGUUGUUUUAUUUGUGAGCUGGCUAAACCCUAUAGCAUGGCUCUGAACAACAGGUUCAGAUUUCUCUCCCACUCUGUCACAGUUGGACUCUUUUGGGCACAACCCCACUCGCAAUCUGAGACUCUCCACUUCUCUGGUGAAGGGGCUUGACAUCUCCUAAACAUUUUGAAUCUGUUGACCAAUCACAACAGACUGGGGUAUAUUAAAUUAAAUUAAAAGUAUGAACCUUAAUAUGAGCAAAAUGUGUCACCUUUAAGUCAAGGCAAGUAAAGAGCAGAUUAAUGGUCUCAUGAGAUUUCCAUCCAGUUUGCUACAGGUGUAAUUCAUUAAAACAAACACACACACACACACACACACACACACACACACACACACACACACACACACACACACACACACACACACACACACACACACACACACACACACACACACACACACA